AUGUCAUGCUCAAUAUGCUUUCAAAGUCUGAAGCCUUUCGACCCUAGUAAUCCAAUUCGACCAUUGGUUCUGGAAAACUCAGCGCCAAAGUCAAAUGCUUUAGAUGCAUUGGAUAGCACUUUAGCCAGCUUUGCGAGCAGUCUUGGCGGAUCGGCCGGUGCCACAGUCGGUGCUGUCACCUGGGCAGCUGGCCGGAAGUAG